UUUGUGUACGUGACUGAGCCCAGAAACAAACUGGGUCAGGGACGCAGAGGGGAAUAAAAGCAGUAAGAGCUGAACUCGGGCUCAGACUGACGGAGCGCCGAAAACAUCUGGGUCCUUUUUACUGAUGCUGGAGCUUCCUGUGUCCAGUGAGAUGUGGAGCUUCUUGCUGGUUUUUGGGCUCCUCUGCUGGGGAGCCGACGGAUCAGUGACCUGCAAAAACGACCUCAAUGCUGAAGUGGACUGGUACAUUUUAUACAAGAUGCCCAAAAUGGAUCCCACUUCCACUGGUACGGAGUAUUUCUACAUCGACUCCAGUGGAAAGAGCGAGGAGCUGAACAACAUCAACAACCCGAACGGCGUUCUGGGAAACACGCUGCGGCCGCUUUUCAGACCCAUCAGAAACAUGGAGGAGACCUUCGGGUUCAUCAGCUACAGUGAUCAGCCGCCAGGAUGUAGCGCCGAUCAAAAGAGGUUUGGCCACAGCAAAGGACUCGUGAUGGUGGACAGGACCGGUACAGGAGUCUGGAUCUUACACAGCACCCCUCGGUUCCCCUUCAGACGCGACCAGAACAACUUCUGGCCCACCAGCGGGAACAAAAACGCUCAAACAUUCAUCUGUGUGACGUUCAACUACAACCAGUUCACCACAAUAGGAACACAUCUGAAGAACAUCAAUGCGUUUCCAUUUGAACAUUAUAUCCCAGACAAUUUUCACGAGGAACUAAAAACUGUUGUGAGAUGGACCGAAGGCCCUCCGUUCAGCCCUGUCCAGGUUGAGGUCUCAUUGCUGACAUCCAAAGGAAACCAAGGCUUCAAAGCCUUUGCUAAACGAGCCCAUGAAGAUGAAGAGGUUGGAGAUCUCUACCUAAGCAUUGCCAAGAACAUCAGGAGCGACGUCUACGCCCAGACAUGGGGCUGCCAGCGCGACCGGUCCGACUCCUACUGUUCCAAUGAGUUUUCAGUCAUUAAUGUCGAAGACUUACUGGUGGGUAACCAGAGGAGGUGGACGCCUAAAGUGGACCAUUCCAAGUGGUGCGUAGCUAAGGAUCAGAACAAACACUGGACCUGCAUCGCCGACAUGAACAGGGCCGUAUCUCAGUUCGAGCGGUUCGGCGGGGCGCUCUGCAUCAACCUCGAGUCGGUCCAACGUCGCUUUCUGGGUUUCGCUCGCCAUCCUCAGAUCUGUAGGAAACGCCCCCGCCCAGUUUGUGAUCCAAACUCUGAUGAAGUCAAUCUUCAAAUUAUCGGUUAGCUCGGCCGAGUCCAAGUCGAUCGCAUCAGAUCAAUUCAGCUUUUCGAUCAAACUGGAGGUAAUUCCAGAAUAAAAUAAAAUGCACGUUUCUUCCUGGUUGUUUGAAAAAAUACAUUUCAAAAUCAAAAAACCUGAAUUUUAAGAAGCCGUCACGCUGAUGUAAACUUCAUGUUUAUCUCUGCCUUUAUUUCUGCCCUGAUAACCUUGAUCUUUAACUCCAGAGGUCAAGAAAAGUGAUAAACACUUCUUGUAUCAAUGUUAAUUUUUGCAAAAAUAAGCAAAUUUGCUCCAUAAAACUGUAUUUCUCACCUUUUCCUACAUUACAAAUUCUGAAUAAAUCACAAAACAUU